CCCCACAGUUUCAUUUUCCUGUUUCCACAAAUGUUGGCUGAAUUAUGAGCCUCUCUUGAGCCUGAAACACUUUAUUGUCAUUAUAAUUCAAACAUUUCCAUCAGAAAGAAGAACAAAGCUGGUAAUAAGUUCCCGUUGCCAGGCAACCUAGUAGCAUCAUUUUCCUGCCUCUAUAACAAGGAUGGAGGGUUUGCUUUUCAGACAGACUCAUCAGUUUUCAUGUUUGGUUCAGUGAUCGUGUGUCAGUAUGUUCAGAACUAAAGCUGAUGAGCAGAGCGGCGCACAGAUCCUUCUGGAGGCCAUGUCUAAGGAUAAAGUCCACCUGGCCAGGUUUGUGUUGGACGCCCUGGAUGGGGGGAUCGUGGACUCCAGAACUGACGGCGCGCAGACUCCCCUCAUCUCCUCCAUCCUGCUGCCAGACGGCCAGGCUCGGUGCAAGUUCGCGGAGCUCCUGUUGCAGAAAGGAGCCAGCGUCAACAACCAGGACGGGACCGGGCGCACCGCGCUCAGUUACGCCUGUGAGCAGGGCUGCCUGGACGCCGUGAAGAUCCUGGUCCGAAACGGCGCAGAUCCGGAGGUCGAGGACUCGUGGGGAAACACUGCGCUGAUGUACGCCGCCGCCGCGGGCCACUCCUCGGUCGUAGAGUUCUUGGUGAGAGCGUUCAAGAGGCUGGGUCUGCAGGUGGACCGGCAAAACAAAGCUGGGAACUCCGCCGCGGGAGUGGCGAACUUUCUGGGUCACUCUGAGUGCGUUUCUGCGCUCAUCUCCGGCAAGAGCCGCGGGGCUGGCGGAGACGAUCAGCGCGCYUUGGAAAACGAGUUUGAAAAGAAAGUUGGCGAUUUGGCGAACAAACUCGAGGAUCUCCAAACGCGUGAUCGCGCACUGAUGGUUCAAAACUCCACCUGGCGUCCAAGACCUCGACUAAAGCAGAACCGGCUGCAAUCAAUGGACCCAAUCGGAGAGUCUCCUCUGGUGCCGCAGCUGACCUCCAGAAAAAACUCUCAGCAGUUUCUCGUGACUCCUGGUGAACACUUGCCCCCUCUUGUACAAAAACCUCCUUUCCCGUCCCCACAGCCCAACAGAAACACAACCCUGGAGGUCUUACUGACGCCCAUCCCUCCCCAGAAAUGUGAGACCGAUGGGCGGAAAGAGAAACAUGUUGCUGUUCGACUUAAUGAGAGUUAUUACAGGAAAAGAUGCAGCCUGCCAACCAGCAUGCUCUGCCCCACACCUCCGGAGCGCGCUCCUCUUCCUCUGAGCAAACUCAGACCCGUGAGGAGGCGCGAAGAGCCGCCCACCUCCGCCGCCACAGCCCUCUCAGCUCUGAGCAACAAGCUCCUCCGUAGAUUCACCUCCCCGGAGAUCAAAAAGGACCACAGAGAUCCGGAGCAGGAGCAGAGUUCAAGUCGGAUGUCGAGAUCAGAAACGUUCCCGCAGGCUCAGAGACACCCUCAGGUGGACAGCACACCCAGCAUCGACAGCAUCAGCUCCGUCAAGUGCGAGUUUGACUUCCACCUCAGAAAACCAAACUCUAUGUCGUGACAGCCGUGCGUAAAAUCCACAGUGAUCCUUCAGGAUAAAGUGACCACAGAAACCAUGCGCUCUACUUAUAUUAUUUAGUGCAAAAUAUCCGCACCACUCAGUCAUAUAAAGACAUUCAUUAAGUCAUGGAAGAGCCGCGUGCAGCUGAGGCUGAAUGACUGAAACGUGCGUAAAGAUGUCUUUAAACGCAAAGAGCAACUUCUAGUUCCUGUAGAUUAUCUUGUGUUCAUCUGUCACUCCUCGGAGGGGGGGGGGCAUCGAGGGUGAAGGGGUGAUGGGCAGUCUAUAAUUUACAGUAGGCCUAUGUUUUAUGUGUUGCGCAAAGUUCUAAUGUAUUCUAAUGUUUGGAUGCGCGCGCGUGUGUGGGGGAUGAUGGUCAUGAUUUUAAAUGGCUUUGCUGCCAUGAGAUAAGUGUAGCUACACAACACAUG